GCUCUUAAAGUGAGCUGGCAGCCUCCAGCCGCCCGUCUUUGUAAGGAGACCACUGAGACUAGCGGGAUCGCGGAGCAGCAGCCUCUCUGCUGCCCUGACUUUUUAAGAAAUCUCAAUGAACUAUUUGUAAAGAAUCACUGAUCUUGCCUGCAAGCUUUUUGCACGGCAAAGACAUCGAUCAGUGUUAGGUGAAGAUCACGUUUUAUAUGUGAUCUCGACUUUUUUGUCUUACAUUAUAUUUUUAUAGAUUUUGUUACAAACAUGGUGCUGGGAAAGGUGAAGAGUUUGACAAUAAGCUUUGACUGUCUUAAUGACAGCAAUGUCCCUGUGUAUUCUAGUGGGGAUACAGUCUCAGGAAGGGUGAAUUUAGAAGUUACCGGGGAAAUCAGAGUGAAAUCUCUUAAAAUUCAUGCAAGAGGACAUGCGAAAGUACGCUGGACCGAAUCAAGAAACGCCGGCUCCAAUACUGCCUAUACACAGAAUUACACUGAAGAAGUAGAAUAUUUCAACCAUAAAGACAUCUUAAUUGGACACGAAAGAGAUGAUGAUAAUUCAGAAGAAGGUUUCAACACUAUUCAUUCAGGAAGGCAUGAAUAUGCAUUCAGCUUCGAGCUUCCACAGACACCACUUGCUACCUCAUUCGAAGGCCGACAUGGCAGUGUGCGCUAUUGGGUGAAAGCCGAAUUGCACAGGCCUUGGCUUCUACCAGUAAAAUUAAAGAAGGAAUUUACAGUCUUUGAGCAUAUAGAUAUCAACACUCCUUCAUUACUGUCACCCCAAGCAGGCACAAAAGAAAAGACUCUCUGUUGCUGGUUCUGUACCUCAGGCCCAAUAUCCUUAAGUGCCAAAAUCGAAAGGAAGGGCUAUACCCCAGGUGAAUCAAUUCAGAUAUUUGCUGAGAUUGAGAACUGCUCUUCCCGAAUGGUAGUGCCAAAGGCAGCCAUUUACCAAACACAGGCCUUCUAUGCCAAAGGGAAAAUGAAGGAAGUAAAACAGCUUGUGGCUAAUUUACGUGGGGACUCCUUAUCAUCUGGAAAGACAGAUACAUGGAAUGGAAAGUUGCUGAAAAUUCCACCAGUUUCUCCUUCUAUCCUCGACUGUAGCAUAAUUCGUGUGGAAUAUUCACUAAUGGUAUAUGUGGAUAUUCCUGGAGCUAUGGAUUUAUUUCUUAAUUUGCCACUUGUCAUUGGUACCAUUCCUCUACAUCCAUUUGGUAGCAGAACCUCAAGUGUAAGCAGUCAGUGUAGCAUGAAUAUGAACUGGCUUGGUUUAUCUCUACGUGAAAGACCUGAAGCACCACCCAGCUAUGCAGAAGUGGUAACAGAGGAACAAAGGCGGAACAAUCUUGCACCUGUGAGUGCUUGUGAUGACUUUGAGAGAGCCCUUCAAGGACCACUGUUUGCAUAUAUCCAGGAGUUUCGGUUCUUGCCUCCACCUCUUUAUUCAGAGAUUGAUCCAAAUCCUGAUCAGUCAGCAGAUGAUAGACCAUCCUGCCCCUCUCGUUGAAGGAAUACUUGGUUAAAUCAGGUUGAUGUGGGUUCCGAACUGUAUCUCUUCCCAGCUGAGGACAGAGAAGUAUCUUGGAGACACGUUUUCAGAGGAAGUGGAAUUGCUUUUGCCCAGAAAAAUGGCAAACACAUGAAACAACCAGUGAUCAUGCUUUAGAAGCCUACAGCAACAUUCUGGGACUGCUCCAACAUGCUUGAAGAUCUAAGCUUUUCUCCUUUAAAACAGGCACAUACUUAAGAGCAGUCUUCUUAGCCUAUGGUCAUACGUGUCAAGACACCACGUUGUAAAGAGGGAUGAUUUCCUUCUUUUGAUUUGAAAAUUUGCACAUGCUCAAUGCUUACAUUGUGCAGUUCCGAUGUCACUACAGCUUUUUUUUUUUUUUUUUUUUUUUUUCCAUUUAUGCCAGACUCUUGAUA